CAUUAGUUUCACUAGGUUACAGGUUAAAUAGGCUUUCUUUAUCGUGUCUCGUGUUAUAAUCUCCCAGACAGCCCACUAAUCUAAUGUCAUUUUUUCUUUCUCGCUUCUCGUCGGUUGGGACAGAUAAUAAACAAAGAAUAACGCAAGCACUGAUUUCUGAUUGUUCUGGUCUUCGGUGCCUGCUUUAUGCAAAUAAAUCUAAUAUAAUGAGUCGGUUACCUUUGAAUAGUUUUUAUUUUUGGAAAUUGUAAAAAGCCUUUUUCUUUCUUUCUUUCUUUCUUUAUUGUAAUGGAUCAGUACACGGUUCUUAAAGUCAUCGGUGAAGGAUCUUUCGGGCGUGCGCUCUUGGUUCAACCCAAAAGGGACAAAGUAAAAUGGGUUAUGAAAGAAAUACGACUGCCAAAGGCAGAGGGCGGAAUGGAGAGCGCGCGCAGAGAGGCGGUGCUCCUGUCCAAAAUGAAGCAUCCAAACAUUGUGGCUUUCAGAGAGUCAUUUGAAGACGAUGGCCAUCUGUACAUUGUUAUGGAGUUCUGUAGCGAAGGUGAUCUUCUUCAAAGAAUGAAGCAGCAAAACGGCUCUCUGUUCCGUGACGAUGUGAUACUCAGGUGGUUUUCACAGAUGUGUCUGGGCACAAAGCACAUUCACGAAAAACGAGUGCUUCACCGAGAUUUAAAAUCGAAGAACAUAUUCCUGACGGACCACGGCACAAUCAAACUGGGAGAUUUUGGCUCGGCAUGUGCUCUUAACAGUGCUAAAGGUUAUGCCCAGACCUAUGUUGGAACUCCAUACUAUGUUUCUCCAGAGAUCUGGGACAACCAACCAUACAAUAACAAGAGUGAUAUCUGGUCUUUAGGCUGUGUGCUCUAUGAACUCUGCACUUUACGUCAUCCGUUUGAGGCCCGUAGCUGGAAGAGUCUGAUUUUGAAAGUGUGUCGUGGGACAUACACGCCUUUGCCCAGUCACCUUCCCUAUGAGCUUCACUACUUGAUUAAACACAUGUUUAAGACCAACCCGAGAGACAGGCCUUCCAUACACACCAUCCUCAGCUCCCACCGUGUGUCCAGACUGCUCCACAAACACAUAUCUGAAGAGGAACUGCCCAAGAAAGAAAGCAAGGAACUACCAGAGAAACGAGUAAACCAGUGGAAAAAAGAAGAAGGAGAGAAAGUGGCAAUGUUUCUGGGCCAGAAGAGCUUAUUAAACACAUCUACAGUUAAAGACACUAGUUUCAGAAAUCCGUCUGAGAAUCAGGGGGGCAACGUAGCUACCCGAAAGAGGUGGCCAAAAGAACCCUCCAAUACAGUGCUGCAGGUCCUUAGGAAUGCUGACAUCAUUUGCUCUGGUGACACGGCAACCACACAGGGGUCUGACUCCACAAAAGGGGAAGGAUUUCUAGAAAUGCAGAAACAGGAGAGAAGGCAAUGGGACAAGGAUCCACCUGAAAGACUUUUGAGCCUCCUGGAGAAAGCUCCUCUCAGCACAGCCUUCAAUACCUACACCAUCCACGUAAAUAGUGCUGAAGCUCUGUUUUGUCCAUUGGCUGUAGAGCAGAAUGAUGAUGUUCCAGACGGAGUGGAGGAAGUUCACAUUGACCAGAACAGACUGGAACCCCGUUCAGAUGAUGAAGACACGGAUUUCGAGGAGGAUUGUCAUUUUGACUGGCAAGACGAGCUGGAGAAAAUGUUAAAAGAACACUAGAAAUGUUUGAAAUUCUCCAAGGUGUAUAUGUGUAUUUGAAUAUAGAUGGUACCAUAAUUAAAAUUUGCAUAAAUGUGA